AUGAAGUCGGCCGUCCUCGCUGCUACCAUCUUUGCCCUCGGCGUCGCCGCCCAGGGUGCUGAGCCCCAGAUCAACACCCCCACCUCCCUCGUCCAGUGCCAGCCCAUCAAGAUCACUUGGACCGGCGGCAAGCCCCCCUACUGGGUCUCGGCCCUCCCCGGUGGCGAGCCCGGAGGUGUCCCCCUCAAGGACUGGGGACAGCAGACCGGCACCGAGCUCACCUGGACCGUUGACCUCCCCGCCGGCACCUCGAUCUCGAUGCAGGUCAAGGACUCGAACGGUGCCAUCAACUACGCCCAGGCCGUCUCUGUUCGUGCCGGCUCCGACACCAAGUGCCUCGACGGCGCCUCUAGGUGA